AUGUCAGAUGGCGGUAGCGACGAAGAGUGGGAAGUUGAAGCUCUCCUUGACCACAGAAAUGUCGACGAGGAUGGCAAUAAACUGGAAGAAACUGAGUACAGAAUUCGCUGGGUCGGAUUUCCUCCAGACGAUGACACCUGGGAGCCGCGAAAAAACCUGGAAUCCAGUUUGCACCUGAUCGACGAGUAUGAAAAGAAGAUAAAACGGCGAGCCCAGCGGCGAAAAGAAAAACGCCAACGAAGAGCAAAACUCUACAAUUACGCAAAAGACGAUCUUCCUGGAAUGCCGGUGUUGAAUUUGGACAUGGAUCUUGACGAGCGGCCUCUUCAGUUGCCCCGAGACUUUGAUGAAAACAAGUGGGAGCUCGCUGAGCCAUUUAUGUGCCCUUUCUGUGGGAAACUAACCAGUUCUCACGAAGGCUUGCGAAUUCACCAGCAAAAAUGCCGACCAUUGAAAAAAGUCGUCGAGGAACUGAAAAAGAUGCGGCCAUCUCGACAGCCAGUAGACGACUCUUCUAACGACGAGGAAGAAGCACCAGAAAUGGACGAGCUCGCUUCGCCACAGAAAAAGACCGGUCGCGCGGCGCCAGGAAGCGAUGAAGAAAUGGAGGCGCAGGAGUUUAUCGCGAAAGAAAUGGGCAUGAACGUCAUGCGGGUUGAGGAAGAAAAGAGCGAGGGUCAGCAGAUGCCAUCCAUGUCAGAGCUGGAAGAUCAGGAGAUGUCUGUCGAUCAAGCGAACAUGACUGACGAUGAGAAGGCAGCAGAAGAGGAGAACAAAGGGCAGAAGCCGCCAGUUGGUGACGAAAAAGCGAUUGAAACGCCCGCUGGAGAAGAAUCAGAAGGUGAUAAGAUUGAGGAGGAAUUGAUGCCGAAGCCAACUGAGGAUGAGAUCGCGGAAACCACUGUCGGAAGCUCUGCUGAUGAAGAGUACAAACAAUUUCUUCACUCGCCUCCGAAAGCCUGCUCGACUCAGCUUGAAGAUGGCGCUUCUGGAGUUGGAAUAUCCAUUCAAAUUGCUGCAACUGAAGAAGAAGGCUUUCCCCCUGAAGCAGAGCCAACAUCGCGGGUGCGACCAGAGAGCCCCCCAGCGAGUGAGGUGAUCGAUGAAGGAAACGAUGUCUACGAGGAGGUAGUCGAAACAACAGAACCAGAAGAGCCUCCAGCUGAAGAAGCGCCCGUCACUGUCAUCGCCCAGCCAAUGGGCCAGCUAUUCGACUUCUGA